GUCGCUUGGUUCGGUUCGGUUCGGUUCGGUUUGGCUCGUCUGUUUGUGAGUUCUUUGGCGUCUUUCCCUCAAUCUUAAUUACACAAAAGUGCCAAUUAAUUGUUGUUUGUUUUCUUGUUCUUGGCCUUUUCUUUCGCCACACUGCUUCCCUUUGCCAGACAAGAUCCAAGAAACAGACACCUCGGGGCUAUACUUUGUUCAUUUUAUUGUUCUGUUUCUGCUGAUGUUCGACGAAAGUUCUGUGGAUUUGUUGAUGCCUCGUAGGUCCCGGUGUGUGCAGAAAAUAGCAAGUCGUGGCCGUGGCAGUGCGUAAUCCACUCCAACAGACGUCAACCUGGCUGGAAGCUGCAGCCUCACCAUUAGCAACCACCACAAGACUGAAACGACGCCGUCCAGCAGAGGAGCAGCCCAGAAGAUGGCCAGCACCGGGGAGAUUUGGCUGCAGUGGUUCUCGUGCUGUUUUCAGCAGCAGCGAUCGCCCUCCCGUCGCCCCCACCAACGCCUGCGCAUCGACCGAUCCAUGAUUGGGAAUCCCACGAACUUUGUCCACACCGGGCACAUUGGCUCCGCGGACGUGGAGCUAUCGGCCAACCGCCUCAACGCGAUCUCAACCCAAAUGCAGGGCAAGGGCGGCUACGAGGCGACAUCGAUACACUCACUGCAUGCCUGCUGAUGGAAGCCCUCGUCCCAUCGCUAUAAAAUGCAUUUUGUGCAAUUUUUACAAGAAGCAACGAAGAGAGAGAGGGUGGCACUUUUUACAGUUCUUUGUUGGAGCGUGUUAUCAGGCGACGUAGGCGGAAGACAGCGAGAGAGCGCGAGGGACGGCAUGAAGAAAAGGUGCUGACAGCAACCGAAAGCAAGAGCGUGAAAGAGAGAGAGAAAAGCUGUUUCGAAAUGAGUUCCACAAAAAACGUAAAACUGUAACGGACAAUGGACGCCACCCGUGUGUGGAUGUGGUCGGGUGUGUUCUCCAGCUGUGGGGGGUGUGGAACUUUUUGUUUCGGGGUCUUUCGAUUUUGGCUGUUCCGUUCGCUUUUUGUGAGUAUUAUUUAAAUGAAAAAUCACAGAAAGAGUGCCAAGCGACUAAACCAGCAAAAUAAUUGUUUUAGCAAUUAAGCAUUUCGCGAUAUAUGUACAUAAUUACAUGCAUUUGUAUGUACAUAUAUGUAAGCGCAUCAUUACGUUGCAUUUUUGGAUGUACUUAAUGCCAAAAAGCAGGAUCAUGCCAUCCCACGUAGAAGGGACAUCUUUCAAUCCAGUCUCAGCUGCAAUUCCUGUGGCAGGAUCCGUGGAGAGCGAAUACGAACCAGGCAAAAAUAUAAAGGAAAAUAUAUCCAUAAAUGAAUGUAACUAGAGCGGGCAGUAUAAUCAGUUGCACAACCAACCAAGCAAUAGUCUGAUCUGAUCUAAUUGUAUGAUAUUUGGAUGAAAAUGGUGCAACAAGCAAACUUUUUUGCAACACUGAACUUAGCCUUUAGAUAAUGUUAUUAACUAUAUACGGACAUUACGGACAACUGUCGCACAAUCAUACAUACUUCACACACACACACAAGAGAGCAUAGAAUGUUUACGAAUAUUUUCCUAAUUCGAAUAUUUGUUUACAGAGUGGAAUAGAACAUUUUUGUUUUCCUUCUAGA